AGAGCUCGGUGUUAUUUUGGAUAGGCUGCUGCUCAGUGUAUAUCUAUAUCCAUCGUCGAGUGCGAGAAAGCCCGAGAGAGCAGCAGCAACUCUGCAUCAGAGAGAGCCAGUCGUCGGCCAUAUUAGUUAUCCGCGAGAGGCUCUCGCGCCUUCGGUCGAGAAAAAACAUGGCGUCGGCAGGCGACAUUAAUAUGGCGUCCUCGGACAUGAUUGCCGAGGUCGAGAUCCAGCCGGACAUCCAGGAGGUAGAGAUCGAGUCCAUCCCCGUGGACAUGCCUUGCGAGACAGUCGAGACAACGAUCGUCGACACGGACGAGGAGGAGGAGGAAGAGGAGGAAGAGGUCGACGAUCAGCACCAGCAGCAGAUGAUCACUUUGCAGUCCCUGCCGGACACGGGCCGCGAAGAGGAGAUACUCCUGCAGACCCAGGAGGAGAUCGUCGGCGGUACGGACCCGCUGAGCGUCUACGACCAAAUACCCGUGCCCGAGCAGGGCGCAGCCGACAUCUACGUCGAGGCCAGUCCCGGGCCGUCCUCCAGACCUGCGACCGGCAAGAAGAAGGCGAGAAAGAGUGCUGCUGGUGGAGGACAGCAGCGAUUCAGGCCGCAGGAACACGCGAUCUACACCGAGAUGCCAGGCGAGAGCAAAGCCAGAAAGUGGGAGCAGAAGCAGGUUCAGAUUAAGACGCUCGAAGGCGAAUUCUCCGUCACCAUGUGGGCAUCGGGCACCGACGAUGGGAGUGUCCUAUUAGCGUCUCACCUGGUGGAUGUUCCAGAUGAGGGCUCUAAUCCUGAGCCUGAUCCAGACUAUGCAGAAUACAUGAGUACUAAAUCAUCAGUCUCAAUGGUGAAUCAUUCAGGCAGCUCAGUCUCUGAUGGCAUGCCAGGCUUGGAUCUGUCUGAUCCCAAACAGCUGGCGGAAUUCGCUAGACCCGGUCACAAACUGAAAGUACGUAAACCACCCAUCAUUGAUGGGGUAGAGCGCACUAUUGCCUGUCCACACAAAGGAUGUACAAAAAUGUUCCGGGACAAUAGUGCAAUGCGCAAACACUUGCACACUCAUGGUCCAAGGGUUCACGUAUGUGCUGAAUGUGGUAAAGCUUUUGUGGAAAGUUCUAAAUUGAAGAGGCACCAGCUUGUACACACUGGAGAAAAACCAUUCCAGUGCACAUUUGAGGGUUGUGGCAAACGAUUCAGUUUGGACUUCAACUUACGUACUCAUGUAAGGAUUCACACUGGUGACAGGCCCUAUGUCUGUCCUUUUGAUGGAUGCAGCAAAAAGUUUGCUCAGUCUACAAAUUUGAAAUCACACAUAUUAACACAUGCAAAGGCCAAAACACGGAACGCGAUUGGCCGCCAAGUACAACAGAUACAGCUGCAGCAGCCGCAAUUUGUCCAAGUUGAAGUGGCUGAUGUGGAUAAUCAGCAAUUCAUCGUUUACGCCGAUUAGCCCCCAUCGCCGGAUCGAUUUCCCUAAUGUGCCCCAUCAUCAAAUUUGGAAACCUUUGAUUAUCGUCCCGAACAGUGUACAUAUUUACAAACGAUAGCAAGUGACUAAAUAAGGACAGGAGAAUAUUGAAAAAAAACUUGAUGUAACUUGAAAUGAUUCGCUAGUUUACUCGGGUACCAAUCUCUGUACGCUUGGAUACAGGACAGUGAAUCAAGGCAGCGAAAACCGGACUUGAAAGAUUUGCACGUAACAUGACGCCAAUAACAAAUGGACUUCUUUGCGCGAGUUAUAAAAGAAAGAAAAAAUAUGGGAUGUAUGUACGUGAAAAGUUAAGAUUUAAAAAUUUGAUAUUUAAAAUUCACAUUUAGAUUAUUAGGAGUGUUGAAUUUUUAAAACUAAACUUUUUAUCUAAACGCCGAAGAUCUAUUAUCCAUUAACAAUGGCAGACCAUUUUCGCGCACUGCUCAGUUUUUCAUGUCGAAUUUUAAGAUGUGUCCUAGUGCGUGAUUCGUUAUUCACGACUGUAUAUAUUUAUAAGUGAAGUAAAAUAUUGUAUACGGUAUAUUUUCGAGAGAAAUUCAGAUGAUGACUUGAACUUGGAUACAUUUUUUGUCUCCACACAAACACACAACACACAUACACUCCACUCAUGUAUCACGUAAACACACGUACGUAAAGCUAAGAUAUCGUACAAUAUUUUACGGUUUUCCACCGAUUUGCUUAGAUGACUUCGAGUUCGCUAUCGCGGAAAGAAAUGAGUGAUGAUUAUUAUAACUUGAGUGUAUCAAGCCUACGAGGAAAAAAUUGUGAGGAUCUCGACUGUGUAUUUUGUUUUGUAAGUUUUACAAUUCGAUUCUUACUAAUUAAGAGUUUCAUUGUAAAUUGAGAGAUGCACAUACUAACUAAUCUUAAUUUGUGCAUAUCUUCAAUACUUUCUGUGUUUAUUGAAAUUUUUUUCUAGUUUAUUAUAAAAAGAAAAACAAAAAAUUACCAAGACAUGCUGAAGUUUGUAUCACCAAAAAAUUGCUUAAAGCCAUAUUUUCCUAAUGAUCGUAAUAGAGAUCUUUUGUGUUUAAGGUAGGUUUUAAUCAGUUUCAAUCGGAGAGCGCGUUAGAUUUAAUAUUGAAUAUAUAUUUCUUUAGAAAACGAAAAAUAAAAAUCGUUCAAGAUAUAUGUCAGAGCCGACCAAUGAUUUAAAAUAAAGCUUUCUCACACAAAGCAAUACCACGUUACGUCCGAUAAAGAGAAUAGUUAAAGCUCGAGUUUGAAAGAUGAAAAAUAGCAAAGAAAUAUUGGGGAAACAACAAUUAACAUAAAUGGAUAAUAAAUUUAAUUUUUAGUUUUUACUACGAUUAAUGAAUAUUCAGACGACUGAUGUCUGGAACGUCAUUAAUUUUUCGACAAUUAAAGACGACUACGCCCGUUUAAGAGCAGUAAAUGUCUUACAAAGAUAAAGUGGUUUUGUUGACGCGUCGAGGGGUUAUUUAAAAAAAAAAUGUGAAAAAAGUCGGAAGUAUGUGGCAAACUUGGCCUAUUGUUAUAGCGGUACGGAAUAUUUCUAGAACUUAAUAAAUUGAUAGGAGGACGCUUUUUGUACAUCAUCAUGAUAUUUCUUAUCAUUUAUAUUCUCGUUUACGAAGUAUAAAUUAAUAAUAAUUCUUAAUUAUUGUAUCUCCUCGCCUUGCAUUUAUUACUUUUCAUUAAUAUAAUAUCGGCUACAAGAAUCGCUGAACUAUUGAGCGAAUGGGCAAAUUCAAGAUUUCUCAUAAUUAUAACACUCUUGUCAUCUCCAAUUGCGACCAUUUACGAGAAGAAAAUGAUGAAAAAGUAACGAAAAAAAGUCGCGCGAACGACCUUUUAUUAUUUAGUAUAUUGAACUUAUACUACUGUCAAAGCUGAAUGGUAAAGUUAAAUUAGUCAAUUUAUAAGAGAAAAAACUGAAGGAUGAAGUAAAUACAAAUAUUCUAUA